CACAGCCUACUACAGAGGAGCUAUGGGCAUCAUGCUAGUGUAUGACAUAACCAACGAGAAGUCCUUCGACAACAUCAAGAACUGGAUAAGGAAUAUAGAAGAGCAUGCAUCUGCCGACGUGGAGAGGAUGGUUCUUGGGAACAAAUGUGAUGUUAAUGAUAAACGACAGGUGUCCAAAGACAGAGGAGAAAAGCUGGCACUGGAGUACGGUAUCAAGUUCAUGGAGACCAGUGCGAAGGCAAACAUCAAUGUUGAAAAUGCCUUCCUAACCCUGGCCAGAGACAUCAAAGCAAAAAUGGACAAGAAGCUGGAGGGCAAUAAUCCUCAGGGCAGUAGUCAAGGAGUAAAGAUUACAGAACAGCCCAAGAAGAGCAGUUUCUUCCGCUGUACACUCCUGUGAGGAGACCAGAGUGUUGGCAUCCACUAUCGCCUUAACUGUGUGUCCCCCACUGGACAGAACUGGACAGAGCAAACUCUGAUAUCCACCACUUUUGUCCCACUCCAUUUUCUCCUUCCUACCUUCUUUCUGGUAUGUCCUGUGAUUAUUUACUGGGAUCAACAAAAACGCAUGGCUACCUUAUGCCGCCACUCCACAGUAGCCUCUGUUACUUUUUUUUUUUUUUUUUUACAGUUUCUUUUCCGGACGUUUGGAUUUCAUUUACUAUCAUACGUUUUCUCAGCUUUUACUGACUCUUCUAAAGUGAUCAAAUUUAUCAAACCAUCUGAGGCCCAGAUGGCCUUUUGGAAACUUAUUUAUUACAUCAUUAUCUCUAGAAUUAGUCUAUAUUUCAAGAUUAUCAUCAUCCGUCUAAUUAGUCUAAUUUUAAUGAACAUUAUCAGAAGAUGCUAGCUGUGAUGUAUCCAUGGUGAUCCAAGUACAAUCCCACAAGUUCUUUUCUUUCACCACUAUAUUACUGACUCUGUGACCUGGGUGUCUGUUUGUUUACAUUGGGUCAAAACAGCAUCAUAUCAACAUCAGAGUUUACAGACUAUCAUUCCCUCUGUUCUAGUCGUGUCUUUGGUAAAGCUGGUGGUGUUGAUUUUUACAUAAAAACAAUAUCCAUAAUCAAAAGAAUUUUUGUAUAAAAAUUAAAAGGAAAGCUGCAGCAGAUUUCAAACAUUGAGUAGCAUUGAGUAGAGUGUGCCGAGUAAUGUAGGUAGGAAAAUACAAAUAAAUGCAGUUGUCUUCAAACACAACUAGGCAGUUGCAAAGUAACUCACACCUCCAUCUCACCAGUUGUGUUGCACAGUGGUUAAAUAGUUUUUUCCAGUUCUGGGUUAAACAUCAGUGCCUAUUCAUGUUGCAAUACACUUGUGAAGGUAUUUAGAGCUUUUUAAAAGGGAGACCUUCAUAAAACUCAGUGUUUGACAACAGUUAGGAGAACCCAAUCUAAGUUGAACCACAUCAUCCUCAAAUUUUCUUACCCACAGUACUGUGUGAUCAUAACCAACAUGUCUGUGUUGCCACUGCACAAUAUUCUCUUUGUUUAAACUAUAUAGAUCCUAAACAGUUUCUGCAUUAGCACCGCACAUAUAGGCACAAUCUCAUCCAAAAUAUGAAGGUAAACACUGCAGCGUUACUUUCAUAGACUGAAACAUUCCAUCCACUUCUUUUUCUAACCACUUUUAUGUGCAAUGUAGCAUACUUAGAGUCUACUUUUCACAUGUUUGCGGCAGGCCAGAGCCACUGUAGUUGAUUCCCUCAUGUUUGGUAUUGCUUUGUUGGUUCAGAAAAAUUGAUGUGCUUCCAAAAUUCCACUAGCAAUACUUAAGAGUAACACCUGGAGGCAUUGUAGUUACACAGCAGUGGCAUAAGGCGAAUCACAGUGACAAUAAUAACCUUUCUAUUAUGCAUUCAUACCUUUGUCGUCAGUUCCAAUGGGGGAACAUGGACAAAUCUGUUUUUCUGGGCCUUGGAUAGGGGCUGUGCUAUAGCAGUAUUUAUGGAGUAAAACAAAACAUAGCACCGAAUGACAAAGUGCCCUUUUAUGUUCUUAUUGAUUAUGCACUUUUCUUUUGUUCUGUCUGUAAAAAAGAAAGAAAGAAAGUUCUUAACAUGUGUUGACUAUGUUUGUUGCAAGUUGCAAGUCUUAACUGAGAGCGAAGAAUAUUCAUGUUCAGCUUUUCCUGAUCUCUACCUGGGUUUUCCAAAAACGUCUGAGCACUGACAUUGACUAUGAUUUAAAGAUGUAAUUUCGUUCAUAUUAAUUGAAUUUCUUUAUUUUUCAUGUAUUGUACACAUUUGCGACCCUCCCAACGAUUUGGGACCCCAGAUUCCUCCCUACCCUUCAUUUGUUGAGCCUUUUUUCCUCAGUGUGUCCUCUUUUUGUCCAGUUAUUUGUCCUUUUUUUGCCCCAGUAUCAUAGCCAUCUGAACUGCACUUCCUCAAUGUGUAGCACAUCCUUGAAAAGCUUUGCACAUUUUCCUCAAUGAGCUUUAAUUGAGAUUUUAAGAGUGCAUAUGUUCCCAACUUUUCUAGAAAUUGUCUGCUAUCGCUGAAGGUUCUAGCACAGAUGUAACAUACUGAAGCAGAUCAGAUGUAAGAACAGGAAAAGAAUCCCAAUCUAACAGUCCUGGAAUUAGAUUUUUUUUCUCCUCCUUAAUUCUAUAUAACAAGUAUCUCCACUUUCUGAAUAUAUGCAUGUAACAAGUACAGCUAAACUACUUUGCUACUACUUGAGUAGUUAAGCUGUGCUGGUUACCUAAUCGAGUCUCGGCACUCUUUGGUUCAGCUUAUUUUUGUGUGUAAUAAUUGCGGUUUUUAGCCUUAGGUUUGUCUUAAAUUUGGUUUGACUCAGUUGUUUUGUUGAGAUUUUUGGUCCCGUUUUAAAGCUGUCAAGUUUUCAGUCUUCAGCAGUUUCAGCAGAUGGCUAAGUUUGGAUUUCUUCACUGAUUACUCAUGGUUUCAGUGGGAAAGAAAAUGAAAAAAACUCUUCAGCCGUUGUACCUAAGAUCUACAAUGAUUGUACUGUAGUUCCAUUUUCCUAUUGAUCUACUUCUUCUGUAGAUUAAGAACAACUUUGAUUUAUUAAAAUAGACAUUCUUUAAAAAAAAAGAAAGUUAGUACUUAUAUUUCCACCAUCUAUUAUUGGACUUUCGUGUACAUUAAAUAUGCAACACAGUGUCAGUGAGCUGUAUCUGAGCAAGUGUUUGGUAAUGUUUGGUGUUUUACUUUUGGGUUGUCACAAGGAAGUGUGCAGAGUUUGUGGCUUUUCUUUAGAAACCACUUUAUAUGAGCAUGAGAGUUUCUAUUCAGAAGACCAUUCUGAAGGAUAAUAUACAUAUAUGAUAGUAUUAUAUUUUCUUAACUGAUGGAAUAUGGAGGACCUGAAUUUAUAGGAAAUAAACAUUUGAAUUAUGCAAAC